AUGGCACCGACUUUCGGAGCUCCGGCGAAGGCUGGGCGGAGGUGCGGCACGGCGACCAGCAAGGUGGCGCAGAGGUGCUGGCCCGAACGGAUGCGCAGGCGGAGGCAGAGGGAGCGUCGGCAACUGCUGCGGGCGAGCGACGGAGGUGCUGUUGUGGUGCAACAACGUCAGCGACGUGGGUUCGCCGGAAGGAAGGGGGCAGCCGCAGCGACGAUCGGGGCAGGGAGAGCGGCGGAGGCUGCGCAGGCUGCUGGUGCGGGCGUCGGGCACUGGCGUCGGGGGUCAGAGGCGCAGCAGCAGCGGCGAGCGGGCAGAGGUGCUGGCGCGGACGGAGCUCCGGCAACCGUGAAACAGCAGCUGGAAUUGCAGGGAGCGGGCCGUUGGGCGGAAGAAGGUGGCGCUGGGAAUGGGUCAAGGCCAGGAAGAAAAGGGGAGAUCUUCUUCUAUAGGCCCAAGGUGGAGAGAGAUGCAGCCCACGGCGCCGACGACGUGCAGCGCCUUUACAUAGUCCUCCGUCCUGAGUCUGGCGAGAGGCCUGACUUGUUGCUUCUUGCAGAGGAAUACGACACUUCCACAAGGGGACACCGCCACACGGCUGCAGCCAGAGCGUUGGGGGAGGGAGUGUACCGCAUACUGAGACACAAAUCCAAGGGGAAGAAAGCGCACACGCAUCUCAUAUACAAGCUCGAAUUCCCUCCGGAAGAUGAGAAGCAGGAGCCCCAGGAGUCGCUCACCGUCGAAAGAGAAGGGUCCUUCCUCAUCCAGAUCAAGAACCCCGACCAACACGGUGCCGGCCCUUCCCAGUUAAGGGGACUCCAGAGCAAGCGCAAGGCGGUGUUCCCCGCCCACCUGCAAGGGCAGUUCGGGCAGCUGAGGUACAGCCUGGCCGACCCGCCGUACUUCCUGAACUACGAAGGGUGUGAGUUGCUACUGAUAUCGGCAUCGGACGACAUAGAGGAGGAGCUGGGGUUAGAGCUCAAAGCGGAAGGAGAGGCCGAUCCCUCCUGUUCCGAUCUGCUCGAGACGUUCGGGGAAAUUGCACCCGUUGAUGCCCUCCUCAGGGGCACCUGGGUCUGAAUUUCAAUCUUUCUGACAGUUUUUGGUCUGUGUUUAACUAGGGAGACCCGUUUCUUGUUUAUACUGCAGUUGGGCACGUGUAAUAUAUUUGGUAUCCCUGAUGUCAAUCUUGCAAUAUAAUCUGAUUUCAUGGAAA